AUGGGUAAGUCUGUGGGUCACACAUCAAGUGUUUGCCGCCGUUUGAAGGUGACUGAAAAUCGUUCUCUGGCGACUCUUAAAGACAUUGGUUUUAUAAUCGAGUUUUAUUUAAUGGAUGUUUUUAUUGUAGUUUGUGAGUUGAAUGCACUUGCUACAUUUGAUGAUAUAUCUGGAGGGUCAUCAAAUCGGAAUGUCAUGCCGAAUGAUUAUAGUGGUUUGGUUUGGACUAAUGCUGUCAUUGUAAAUGACAUUGCCAUAUCCAGUGUCGGUUGUACUGGCUAUUGUUUAAUUGUCAUAAAUAGUCCGAUGGUAAUACGACCAGAUAAUGGCACCACAUUUAUACUUAAUUCCUGUAUCUUGGGUGCUCCUUUGGGUGAUCAGAAUGCAACAAUAAAAGCUUAUUAUUUUGCCACGUUACUAAAUACAACAACCGUAUCGUUAACUCUCAAUCAAUCGAUGACAUUCGCACCAGACUGGCCAAGUGUUACUUCAGUUACAUUCGAAUCUAAUAUGGGCUUAACAGUCGAUAAUAUUUCUGUAACUCUUCAGGACACAUGCGCUUCAGUUUGUGAGUUGAAUGCACUUGCUACAUUUGAUGGUAUAUCUGGAGGGUCAUCAAAUCAGAAUGUCAUGCAGAGUGAUUACCGUGGUUUGAUUUGGACUAAUGCUAAUUUUAUAAAUGCCAUUUCCAUACCCAAUGCCGGUUGUACUGGCUAUUGUUUAAUUGUCAAAAAUGAACCAUUGAUAAUACAGGCAAAUAAUGGCACCACAUUUAUACUUAAUUCCUGUAUCUUGGGUGCUCCUUUGGGUGAUCAGAAUAUAACAAUAAAAGCUUAUUAUUUUGGCAUGCUUUUGAUUACAACAACCGUAUCGUUAAUCCUCAAUCAAUCGAUGAUAUUCGCACCAGACUGGUAUCGUGUCACUGUAGUUACAUUCGAAUCUAGUAUAGCCUUAACAGUCGAUAAUAUUUCUGUAACUCUUCAGGAGACAUGCGCUUCAGGUGAGUAUUUUAUUCAAUUUGAAACUCAUUUGACGUUUUCUGCAUGA